AUGGAAGCUGCAUUACCACAUUUUCAACGCCUCGCUACUUCUAGAUUUUAUCAACAGUACGCCGCACCGCCUGUUCGAAUUUCAAGCAAUUACCUUCAUGAUUUAAUUCCCCAACAACAUCCAACCCUACUACAGCAAUAUUUAGCUUACUACAAUGAACCUUUAGUUCCGCUCGAUCUGUCACUCAAGUCCACAACUCCAAUCACUCCACCUUGCACUCCACCACCUCCACAAAAAAGAAAAUCGCCCGAUGAAAACAAAAAUGAAAAACCAAUAAAAAUAUUCCGACAUUUCGAAGAAACAGAUAUCAAUGUAAAUGAUGAGUCGCAAGAAAAAUCACAGAAAAGGAAAUCGGAUGACGAAAUUUCAAAUGACAGCGAUAGUCUCGAGGCAAAAAAACUUAAAUUUACAAAACAAUUCUUUGAUGAACUUCGGAGUUGUCUGCCCGACAAAGGCGGUAAUGACAGUGAGAGGAGUUCCCCUGAUGUUGUUGAAAUAAAGGAUGUGGAAGAGCGACCGAAAAAAUCACCUAGACCUCAACAACCACUAAAAAAGAGUAAAGUUGUCAGACGUUUAAUGUUCGAUGAGGACAAAACGUCACCAGUUUCUGGAACUAUCAUUCGCGAUCUCGCAGAGGAUGAAACUCUAGUAGUUCGUAAGGGUGAUAUUGAUCCAGCUUUUAAUGUGGUAGAAGUAACUGAAGAAGCGAAAGCUUUGAUUGCCACAAUUGAAAACAGACUGGGAAGGUACAUCUGUAGAUUGUGUCGACGACUUUAUAGUGAUGCGUUUGCACUAGCACAACACCGGUGCUCCAGGAUCGUACAUAUUGAAUAUCGCUGUCCAGAAUGUGAUAAGGUUUUCAACUGUCCCGCAAACCUAGCUUCACAUCGCCGCUGGCAUAAACCUCGUGUACCAGGAGGUACCAAACGACGCGAACCUUCUACUUCUGACGCUGGCCGUUUCCCGUGCCAGAAGUGUGGAAAGCUGUUCAGGAGACAAGCUUACUUGAAAAAACAUCUUCUUGCUCAUGACCAACCUGAGAACGACUCUGAAAAAGAACCAUCGGCAUUCCGACAAGUCCACGUUGACUAUCCUUCCUACCAAUCGGAACCAAUACGUGACAGCAAUUUCAACACUUUUUGGAACAAAAUACCUCAAAUGGACUCGAAUUGGGAGGAGACACGAAACCGAUGCCCUUCAAACUGUUCCUCCGAAGAUUCUCGUAGCUUGGAUGUAACGGGAUCAGAGGAUGAAGGAGAAGGAAUCAGGGAGGGUAGAGACGGGUGA